AGUUUUCUAAUCAAUCCUAAUGCAGAGGGCACAUAGUCCUCUGCCUCACUAGCAGAGGAACCACCUAACCCAUUCUUUGGAUUUGACUGAAAGCCUUGUGCUGCUGAGUGGAGUGGCUGCUGGAUUUACUUCCUAAGAAUGAAACCAUUAAAAAUAUAAAGUAAAUUUUCUGCAGCACACUUCCCAGGCCAUCCCAGUGAUUAAAUGAAGUUGUGGCUGAACAAAAUGGUACCUUCCAGCGGAAUUUCAGGGCUAGGAAAGGGCAAAUAUUUUAGAAAGGCACCUCAAAUUUAUUAAAAUACAGCUCCCUCGCUUUACUUACUGCAAAAAUCAAACUCUGCUUGUGUUCGCUACUCACUGUAAAUGACUUUACUGAUGACUUUUGACCACCGCUAUUUUUUAACUGGGGACGUUUUGCCUGAGAAACAGCCGAUCCACUGAAACAUUUUCUUUUUAUGAUAACAGGGUUUUAAGUCGACAGUAGUGGUGGUUUGGGUUUUCUUUCUUUCCCAAAUGUAUUUUAACAGGUAAUAAACACCGCGAGUCUGGAAGCCCUGACAGCAACCGAGCCGCCAGCGGAGGAGCCCCAGACGUGGAUGCGAACGCCACAGACAGCAGCAUCCCGCUCACUGCUCCGCGUUCAGGUGCCUCGCAGGGACGCCGCUUCCACCUGCGAGCGAGUUUGAGCGGUCGGCUGUGGAUUUUAUAUUUGCUUCUCCGCAAACCAAGGGUUAGCCGGGUGGCUUUGGCUUUUUGGGAAGGAGCCCUGCCCCGGCCCGCUGUGUGCGAUGGAUUGAGGCGUGCCCGGCUGCGCCCCCAGCCCGGCCGCCGCCCGCAGCCCACAUCGAUGCGAUGGAAAGUCGGAGGCUGUUCUGCACCCUCUGUUACCUGAUGUUCAACGCACCUCUGCUGUUCAUUGUCACCGCUACCUUUACUGAAGUUCCCAAAGAUGUGACUGUUAGGGAGGGAGAUGAUAUUGAGAUGCCUUGUGCUUUCCGAGCCAGCGGAUCCACCUCUUACUCCUUGGAAAUCCAGUGGUGGUACCUUAAAGAACCAGCCAGAGAACUUGCACACGAAUUAGCCAUCAGUGUCCCUGGCAGCAGGAGCAAGGUAACAAAUAAGGAUGCAACCAAAAUCAGUACGGUCCGCGUCCAGGGCAACGACAUCUCGCACCGGCUGCGGCUCUCGGGCGUGCGGCGGCAGGACGAGGGCGUGUACCAGUGCCGCGUGUCGGACUACAGCGACGACGAGACGCAGGAGCACAAGGCUCAGGCGCUGCUGCGCGUCCUGUCCCGCUUCGCGCCGCCCGACGUGCAGGCGGCCGAGGCGGUGUCGCACAUCCAGAGCGGGGCUGCCCCGCGCCGCCACGGCCCCGCCACCCGCCCCACGCCGCCGCCCGGCCCCGGCAAGCGCCCGCCGCCGCCCUCGCCGCCGGCCCCGGCACAGGGAGGCACCGCCGCCAGCGCCACCGCCGCCACUGUCACCGCAUCGACGGCCGCCGCUGCCGCCUCCUCGGCCUCGCCGCCGCCCGGGCAGGCUGCCAUCCUCCGCCAGCAGCACGGGUCAGGUACAGGACCUAUUUAUGCUACAGACCCACUCCUAUACAUGUCCCUGUUAAUACUGCAUAAGCUUGUACAUUUAUUAGUAAACCACUGACGGACUACUCCCUCCACUCCUCCUCUGCCAAACAGAAAGGAACCUAUUUAAUAACAAACAGAAUCCCUGACAAAAAAAUACCUACAGUUUUAAAGAUGGACAGAAAGAGACUGAAAGAAGCAUGAUAAAUUCUACAUGGGGGGGGAAAAACAUAUUUUUUGGGAUGCCACAGAAAAGUAAAUCACAUAGAAUAAUGCAUCUAGUUUCCAGAAUCUAUGGUGUAAAGCCCUGCUCUGUGCAUGGCACUUAUGAUUUCUCUAUUUUAAUGUAAUAUUUUUUUCUUUUCUAAACCUUUCCUCUGACUCUUCAUUUUGCACGAACUGUUGAGCAGUUAUCUUUAUGACAAUAUGUAAAGAUGUUGGGUCAAACCCUUCCUAAGAAAGGAAAUAUUUUUAGUAGAUUAUUGUGUUUAGGUUUUUUGGAUUUCCUUUUUUCUUUUUUAAUUAAAUUAUUUCUUUUGGAGACAUAAAAAAAAAGGUACAUCUUACCAUAAUUAAUAUUCACUGUCAAUAAUAUUUAUUUUUAAAUGAAGAUUGGAAACAAGGUAAGACAUUUGUUUAUAAACUGUAUUGUAUAUUGCUGAAUAACAGUUGAAUAAAAAGAUUUUGAAAUAAAGUUUUUACAGA